AUGAAUGGCGCCACACAAACCUUCCGUCGCCCGUCCGUUGCUACGAACCUUUCUCACACCCGGGAUACCAGCCAACCGCCGUCGGCCACCACGCCGUCGGCGGGCGUCUACACCCCCCCACACAUGACCCCCAGCGCUCACCGUAACGGCGCCGCCCCCGACACCCGCUAUUCCAAGGACCAGCUGCUUAGUCUGUACAAAGCCCAGCGAGAGCUGGGUGGGUUGAGUAAGAACGUCUCAGAGUACUUCGUCGCCGACUGGAACCCGCACGUCGAGUCCCCCACCGUCAACGGCGCCUGGGGCCGCCGAGAAGAUCCCAAGGAAACUCUCAACGGACCCGAGGUGUGUUGGGAUCAUGGAGGGCAGAUGGAGCCGUUGGGACUGAUGGGCAUGACCGGUGAAGAGAGAGAGUUGUUUUCCCUCUCGGUCAACUCGCCCCUCAAGCCGCCCCCCACCAACGCGACCAAGGAAACCCCUGGGCCGGUGGCCCCCGGAGGACGGAAAUCUUCCAUCUCCUACGCCCAGUCCCAGACCAACCAGGCGACCGCGUCCCCGAAUGCCGCACGACCAGGGCCUCGCCGUCGGGAGACGGGGGAUUCGGGUGCAAAUCCCAUGUCCCCCACCACCGGUGGCUCUCGCUUCACCCGCGACGAAUCCAACACCGCCCCGCCACCCCCUUCGCUCCUACGUCGGAAGACCGACUUCCGCGAUACCUCGUCCACGGCCCGGUGGGAGGAGAAGGAAAAGGAACACUCGGGCGGCCGCGACGGGGGCACGGACGUCGCCAGUCCGUUCGGAUCGCUCAAGCGCAGCUCGACGAAUCCGUUGCACGUGGCGGCGGCGGCGGCCGGUCCCACCUCGCCGUGGGGCCCGUCGGCCUCCCAGAGUGCCAACUUCUCCCCCAUGGGCGCGUUCGGGGCGUUCUCGCUCGGAUCCGGUGCCGCGCCAUCGCCCACGACGGAGAAGAAGGCCGGAUUUGGCAGUCUUCGCGGGGAAUCGCGUCUGAAGGGUCUCUUCCAGAAGGAGAGCGCCGAGGACAUCUCGUCCGCGGUCCGCGAGAAACCGUCGCUCAGCAGUCUCGACCGGCUGGUUGAAGGGGACGCCGGCGACAAGCGCGCCCAGUCGCCGUGGGCCGAGGCCAUCAAGACGCGCGCCGGACGAAGCGAGACCAAUCCCUUCCCCGAGGAGGAGCCUCGCAGCGGCAGCGCGGCGCUCGGGGGCUCCCAGGACGUCGGGGCCCCGCCCCAGAGUGCAGGGGACCCCCUGGGCUUUUCGGCCUUCGGCAUGACCUCUAGCAUUCCGGGCUUCCGGGAGCUGAUGCAGAGCCAGGAGAAUUCGCGCAACCCCACGCCCAGCCUGCCCGGCCACGAACCGACGAGUCCGACCAACACCAACCCCUACCAGAGCCCCUCGGGCGACCGGGGCGACGCGGAGGAGGUGGAGACGGACGGCUCCGACAUCCAGGCCAGCCAUCCCGGUCUGUCUGGCAUCCGGGACCCGUCCCACGCCUUCGGCCCCAUGCGCCGCGUGGGCUCGGGCGUGGACCUGCCGUCCAUUGACCGCAGCCAGACCUCGAGUGCGGCGGGGAACCCCGGCUUCUCGGGCCUGGGUGGCCUCGGCGGGCUCUCCCUCGGAAACCCGUCGGGAUGGCCGCCCAGCAGCGGGGCCGUGGGCACCCCCACCAAAGAGCGGUCCGCCUUUGCCGGUGGGUUUGGCGACCCCAUCUUCGGGUCCAUGGGUGACCUCCAGUCCCCUGGCCUGGCCACCCUGGGCGGCGGCGGUCUGUUCAGCCCCCACGCGGGCAUCUCUGGCACCGGGAGCAUCGGCCGUUCCAGCAAGCUCGGCUCGCUCUUCCCGUCUGCGAUGCAGGAGCAGAUGCAAGGCGACCACGCCAGGGCCGACCUGGGCGGUUUGGACGAUCUCGGUCGGCCGACCGACUUCUCGCAGCCCGACCGAUCCGCCAACCCGCCGACCACCACCUCCACCUCCCAGACCCCGGUGUCCGCCGUCGGUUCGGGCCCGGCCUCCAUGCUCCCGGACGUACCCACGACCAGUCAAACCCCUGGCCAGGCCGGGUCGGUGCCCCCCGCGCAGCAGCGGACCAUGGUGAUGCCGGACCGCAUGCGCUGGAUCUACCGGGAUCCGCAGGGCAACAUCCAGGGUCCCUGGACGGGCCUGGAAAUGCACGAUUGGUUCAAGGCCGGAUUUUUCAGCCCGGAUCUGCAGAUCAAGAAGCUGGAGGACCCCGAGUUUGAGCCGUUGGCGCAGCUGGUGCGGCGCAUCGGGAACUCGCGCGAGCCGUUCCUAGUCCCUCAGAUCGGAAUUCCCCACGGACCCGAUCCCAACCAGGCCCCCUCGUGGGGCAACACCCCGACCACCACCGGCACCGCCCAGCCCCCGUUCCCGGGCAGUUUCCCCAGCUUCGGGACGACGUUGACGGCGGAGCAACAGAACGCGUUGGAGCGCCGGAAGCAAGAGGAACAGUAUCUGAUGGCGCGGCAGAAGGAACACCUGGCGCAGCAACAGGCCAUGAUGAAGCAGAUGCAGUUCCCCGGUGUGCCCCACGCCAUCCACCCCCACCAGCUCCAGCACCACUCCAGUGCGCACAGCCUCCACAGCCAGCCCAGCUUCGGCAGCAUCGCCUCUCCUGUCGGCUUCCAGCCCUCCCCCAUCCAGGGACCCCUCCAGUCGCAGCCGCCGCAGCAGCCCCCGCAACAGCCCCCGCACGGGGUCGCUGGUUUUUUUGAUGCCCCGGGUGCGGCACGGCACAACCCUUUACCCCCGGUCGGCCCUGGGAUGCUCGGGAAUGAGUUGGGUGGCGGCCAGGAUCAACUGCCAGCCCUCUUGGACCGGCUGAACGUGAGCCGACCCGACCCGUUUGCCUUUGGCAGCCCGGCGUCCUUCGCAUCGCGACAGCCCGACAGUCUGUUCCAAUCCCAACAGGUCGCCAGCAUGCUCCAGGAUCGGGCUCGCCUGCAGCAGGAGCAGGAGCAGUAUGACCGCACGCACGAGGACAACCUGUUCGACCAGCAGGCUCGCGAAGAGCGACUGCGGCAGUUCCACGCCUUGCGCGCACAGGAAGGCGACUUUGGCCUCCGCACGGUGGAGGGUCUGCCCACCCAUCCGGCCACGGGGCUCUCACCGGAAGACGAAGUGGACGCCCUCACGGCGGACGAUAUUGACGCGUCGGCCCAUCUGCAGGCGAACCAGGGGCCCGUGGGUGCUGAGCCGGCUCUCACCCUGUCGCAGCAGGUCCAGAAGGCCGCGUCGGCCCAGCGACAGCAGCAGGAAGCACAGGAGCAGGAACAACAGGAGCAGCAGCAGCAGCCGCCACAGCAGCACCAGCCGACCCAGGCCCAGCCGUCUGGCGAGUCGGCCUGGGCCACCAAGGACAGUGCCAUGCCCCAGCCGUUCCCUCCCCCGCCGUCCGCGUCGCCGCUUCCCGCGCCGGCGGCCCAGCGCAACCGGCAAAACGUGGCGGAGUCCCUAGCCGCCAACUCGCGAUCCCAGACCCAGACCCCGGUCGAGGCGCCCACGACCUCGAUCGCGCCCUGGGCCAAGGAAGCCAAUGAGCUGCCCAAGGGGCCCUCGCUGAAGGAGAUCCAGGAGGCCGAGGCCCGCAGCGCCGCACAGAAGGAAGAGCUGGCCGCUGCGGCGCGUCGGGCGCAAUUGCUCGCGGAGCAGGAACGUCUCAGCCAGGCCGCCGCGCAAGCUCCCGGUCUCCCCUCGACGGCGAACUGGGCCAGCGGCGGAUCGCCUGCGACGCCGACGUCGGGUAGUGGCUCGGUGUGGGGUAGCGCCAAGGCGCCCACCACCUCCAGCGGCGCAGCCAAGAAGACGCUGGCGCAGAUCCAGAAGGAGGAGGAGGCUCGCAAGCAACGUCUGGCAGCCGCAGCCGCAGCCACCGCCGCCGCCGCCGCGCCGACUGCCGCGGCCAGUCCUCCCAAUGUGCCCUCAUCGACCGGCAAGCGAUACGCCGACCUGGCCAGCCGGGUGGCCGCCCCAUCCCCGGUCAACAUCGGCGCUGCCGCGACGCCUCCCAGCACGGGCGCGUGGACCACCGUCGGUGCGGGUGGGAAGGCCAAGGCUCCCCCUGCCGCGCCGUCCGGACCUCGCGCGGCUCCCAGCGGUCCUCCCCCCGUCGCCGCCGCGGCUUCGCCUGCGAAACCCAAGCCGGUGACUGUUGUGGCCCCUCCCAGGGUUACCCCCGUCAGCACGCCGCCGGCCAACCCCAACCGCGCCGUCGAGGAGUUCACCAAGUGGGCCAAGCUGUCUUUGGGCAAGGGCUUGAACAGUAACAUUAACGUGGAUGACUUCGUCCAGCAGCUGAUGAUGCUCCCCGCGGAAGCGGAGAUCAUCUCGGACUCGGUGUACGCCAACUCGCAGACGCUGGAUGGCCGGCGAUUCGCGGAGGAGUUCAUCCGCCGACACAAGCUGGCGGACAAGGGUAUUGUGGACCCGGUGGCGGCCAGUGCACUUGCGGAGAAGAACGCAGGUGGAUGGAGCGAGGUGGCUAAGAAGGGGUCGUCGACUGCGCACCGCGAGGAGGACAGUGCCAGUGCGAACUUCAAGGUGGUUGCUCCUCGAAAGAAGGGGAAGCGGUAG